AUGUCAAAUAUGAUGCAAAACGGAAAUGAAUCAGAUGUGAGGAAAAUGGAUGCGGCAUAUUCAAUUGCAGCAGGUGCACUUUCCAAUAUCUUAGAGAUAGAUCAAUUUUUAUCAUGGAGAGAACUUCAGUUCAUUAUCUCUCUCAGCUCUACUGUUAAUGAUGCUAAUCAUUCAAGUUGGAUAACAAAUGCAGCUGGUGUAAAGUAUUCAAACCAUUACGGAUUCGGAAGGCUUAAUGUUGCAAAUGCAGUUAAUUUUGCUAAGACUUUUCCUGGUCUUCCAUCAGAGCUUUUUUUAGAAUCGGAAAACAUUUACGAAGAUCCAGUAAUACCUUCAUGCAGAGGCAGCCCCUUGAAUUUUUCACACACUAUAACCAAAAAAAUUAAGGUUGUCGAGAAUGUUUUUCUGAUUAUCGAAACGACACAUGCAAAAAUUGGUGAUAUCAUAAUCGAACUUAUAUCUCCCAGUGGAACAAGAGUUGUAGUUAAUAAUAUCGCAGAUACACAGCCAAUAAAUGAUGAAAUGGGAGUAUAUGGAUUUAAUGUCCGAGCUUUUUUAGGAGAAAAUGGAAUUGGAACAUGGAAUAUAAUAAUAUAUUCAACAGGAUGCAUUCCAAUGGGAAGGGUUCAUCGCACAAAGCUUCAAGUUUUUGGCUGUGAUUCAAUUAAUGACAUAUUGAAUGUACAGAAAAGAUUAAUAAGGACAUCGUCUAAGAACACUGAGAUUGAUUCUCAACCAAUUCGACCUUCUCAUAGUAAUCUAUAUAAAGAAAGUCAAUCCUGCUCAUUAUCACUUAAAAACUUCCACGCGAACUCAGUUCUUAACUCAAGUGAUUAUAUUAGUUUCCAAUUAUCAUCCAUAAAUGGGCUAAAAAACCAGCCAGCAGUUCUAUAUUAUUCAAUCGAAUCAGAUAAUCCUUUAAAGACAUUGCUUGGUUUCAAGCAAUUUGAAAGUGCAGGACAAAUAAAUAAUUUUAAAAUGCUUCCACCGCAUAACCUUGCAGGUAAAGCAAAUAUAACUUUUCACGUAAACAUCAUUAAUGUUACCAAAGGUAUUGAUUCAUGUAGCUGUGGCCCAUUCAGCAUCACGUCAUUGAACUAUAGUUCACAUCAGUAUAUCAAAUUAGAUAAAAACAUGAAUUAUUCAAUACCUUAUUUUACUGAUUCAUAUGAAAGCUCGUUAGCUCUCUUCACACUAGUUAACUAUGAAACCAAAGAGAUGAUUUUCCGUUUCUCAGAUCACAACUCUGGUUACAUCGACAUUAAAAUUGAUGAAACCCAAAAUAUCUCCAAGGGGAUCUUAUCAGUUCAAGUGCUUAGUGCAUUUCCUCAGAAUCCAUGCUCUUUGCUAAUACAAUCAUUCUAUAUUUCUAAAAUAAGUUCCCAUGAUGAUUUUUCUAAUUUUACCUUUAAUGAAUCCAUUUGCCCGAUAAUUCCAGGAUUAAACUACAAACAGAAUGACGCAGCAAUCACAAAGCCAUUGCCAACAAUAACCCAAACUUUAGCUCCAUCACCUACAAAUUCAAUAACAAAGAAUAAGGAUUCAUCCGAUUCUAACUCAGCAAAUAUUAAAUCAAUAGUAAUAACAGUUUCCUCAAUCUUUUCUGUUGUAACAGUUUUUACAGCAGUCGGAGUGACUGUUAUAGUUAUAAAAAUUCAUCGUGAUGAUGAAAGGGCUCCUAACCAAUAUAAGGAUGAUAUUGAAGAGCCUGCAAUUAAUCUAUAG